AUGGCUCAUGUUGACGAUACGGUCGUUUUUGAACGGAUGGUAAAAAAUUGCUGUGGAUCGUUCGACGGAUUCUUGGAGGACUUUCGUGAAUUCCAAAGAGUUACUUGCACUUCCUCCUACGCUUAUGCGUCAAUGACAGCCAAACAACUGAUAUGGGAAAGAAAGUUUGGUCGGAAACUGACACUGCCAGAGCGUUUUUCGUUUUAUUUCAUCAAAUAUUGGCGCAACGCAACUACAAUCAGGCUGCAGAAUAUCGUUUGUCCGGCAUUUGUUGGAAUUCGCGCGGGCGGGAGGGAGUACCGAGUGAUGAAACGUUGUCUGGUGCACAAUCUUGACUUCUAUGUGGGUCAGCGGGGUCUGUAUGUAGGAAGCUCGGCCAAUGGUACACCGGGCGAGAAUGACAUCCGAGUUAUUACAUAUGAUGCGUCGGCUCAAACGGUGACGUGGUUGGAGGAUGGUCGUUCAACAAAUCAUAUGGCCUAUUACCUUCUAUUAAAUGUGAUCUAA